UCUCUUCUCUCGGGCCUUGCUUAUUGCACUAUAUCUUCCUUGCUAGCCUUCCUCUUCACAACAAUGGCAUAGCGAGCGAGCGAGAGAGAGAGAGAGAGCGCGCGUUGAAGUUUAAAAAUGGAGAGAGAAGCGAAGAGAGUGGGCAGGAAAAGAUCAACGGGAGGGUCAAGAAAAGGGUGCAUGAAAGGGAAAGGAGGGCCGGAGAAUGGGCUGUGUACCUACAGAGGAGUGAGGCAAAGAACGUGGGGCAAAUGGGUGGCGGAAAUCCGGGAGCCGAACCGCGGCGCUCGUCUCUGGCUGGGAACUUUCAACACCUCCACCGAAGCUGCACUUGCUUAUGACGACGCGGCUCGAAAGCUUUCCGGGCCUUCUGCAAAGCUCAACUUGCCAGACAACCGAUCACCACUCAAGAGCUCCUGUGUUUCCGUCAACAGCCGCGCCCCGAGCGAACCCCCCGCCGCCGCAGCCGCAGCCGCAGCCGCCAGGAGUGAUGGCUCGGAUAAAGGUGGUGAUCAAAACACGUUCUUCAUGGGAAAUCAUAUGUACGGAAAUAAUUUAGGGGAGGGAUCGGUUCAGGUGGUUCCGGGUUUGCUCGCGGAAUUGUUGGCUGGAAACGAAUUUGUUGGGGAUCCGAUGAGUGGUUUAAUGGUCGGGGAAGAGCUUUUGGAUUGGGAUGGCUUGCAGGUUCCAUGGUGCUGACAUUUUGAUGUGCCUCAUCUUGCUACGUUGAAGGGCCUGCAGUAUAAA